CCCCUUUGACCUUGUUUUGUGGUUUGAGUGCCGGAGACAGCUGUCAAAACGAUAGUUAUGUCGGAAGAAAAUUCCUCAGGUUUAGAAAACGAAACGAAAGAUGCUGCGACUCUGUCGGAAUUAUUUGACAAAGCGUUCGAGUUGUUUAAUAACAUAAACAAGACGGACGAACCUACGAACAGUCCGAAAAUUCAGUCUGAUGUGAAACGAACCAUGAAUAUGUUACAAGAAGCGACAAAGCUGGUGUCGAUAGUCGAUAUGUUUAGCUCGAAUGAAAGUUUCGAAGAAGUGGCUACGGAAAAUAUCAAGUAUUUUUUGCUGCCUGCCUUCCUUGGUACGCUCACUACAAAAAUUUGUAACACAGAUGACCGAAUGCACAACGUUAAUGUUGCCGAAAUUUAUUUCGUCGACUUUUUGAAGCGCGUUAAAGCUUACGGUUUAACUGAUAUCCAAGUGCCCGAAAUUAAAUCGGAACAUGGGCAAGAAACCGCGUCCGGGAAGGUUCGAACGAAUGCGGAAUUGAUUACCGACAUGGUAAAUCGGAGAAAUACGAAACUGCAGAGAUACAAAGAACAAAAGGAGUUGGAAUCACGUUUAGAAACGUUGCAGAAAAAUUUGUCAAAUCCAAACAUAGAUGACGAAGUUAAGAGAGAUUAUUUCGUGACGAUGAUUAAAUUAUACGUAAACCUUACGAUAGAAGAACUGAGUUCGUUAGCCGCGGAAAAACCAAUUUUAGAACACAUGAAAAGAAUGGGGAAAAGUGAAACUAUGUCUGGUCACGUUUCACACAAGCAUCAACCGUCUCCACCCAAGUUACAACCGAUUAUUAUCACCCGAAACGAAGUGCAAAAGAAAGUUUACGGAGCUGGCUAUCCUAGUUUACCUGUUCUCACUGUCGAAGAAUUUUUCGACAAACGAGUGAAAGAUGGAGAUUGGCCUAAUCCUGCUGAGCAACAUCAGGCUAAUACAAAAUACUUACAAGACAUGGUAAACAAUCAGGGAAAGGACGACGAACAAGAAGAUAUUAGAAAAGAAAAUGCGAUCGAAGAGGAUGAUCCAGAGACUUUGAAGCAAUUACGUGCCAUGGAUGAGUAUAAAGAUACACAUAGAAGGGGAUGGGGUAAUCGUGCUAAUAGAAGUUGAACACGAAAAAAUUACCGUCAAGAGUAUGUUAGUUAACAUCUUUUAUAUGCAUGCAUAUAUUAACCAUCCUAUCACAUUUCAUAUCCAACAGUGUAUCCGUAUCUUGUCCGUCUUCUUUCCAGAU